UCCAUUGCUGGUCAUUAAUUCGCGCUGUCCGGCAUUGUCCCUCGACUCGGAAAUAUUUGUUUUGGGUGAUGGCUGUCCGUUUGUCUUUGAUUUGGCUGCUUCUGCUGGGCACUUCCAUUGACGUCACGCGCGGAAAGCGUUUGGAUCGUAAACUUUCGGACAAUCGCAUUGUGGGUGGCCAGGAGGCGGAGGACGGAGUGGCUCCUUAUCAGGUGUCCAUUCAGACCACCUGGAAAACCCACAUCUGCAGCGGAGUCAUUCUCAACGAACAGUGGAUCCUCACAGCGGGCCAUUGUGCACUGGACUAUAGCAUCGAGGAUCUGAGGAUUAUCGUGGGCACGAAUGAUCGCCUGGAGCCAGGACAGACCUUAUUUCCGGACGAGGCCCUAGUCCAUUGCUUGUACGACAUUCCCUAUGUAUACAAUAAUGACAUUGCGUUGAUCCAUGUCAACGAGUCUAUUAUAUUCAAUGAUCGCACCCAGAUCGUUGAGUUGAGCAGUGAGCAACCUCCGGCAGGUUCUACGGUCACUCUGACGGGAUGGGGUGCUCCGGAAAGUAGCUUACCCACGGUGCAAUAUCUGCAGACCCUCAACCUGACCAUCAUCGCACACGAAGAGUGCAGAGAGAGAUGGGACUUUCACGAUGGCAUCGACGUCGGUCAUAUUUGCACCUUUACACGGGAGGGCGAGGGAGCCUGCUCCGGAGACUCCGGUGGUCCACUGAUGUGGGAGGGCAAGCUGGUGGGCCUGGUCAACUGGGGAAGAGCCUGCGGCGUCGGCAUGCCAGACAUGUAUGCCAACACAGUUUACUAUCAGGAUUGGAUCCGCAGGACUCGCUCAGGAUGCAAGAAUCGUGUUAACUAAAUGGGAUACAGAUUAACUGGUAUCACUAUUAUGUAUUUUGGUAUAAAUAUGUGAAAUAAAUGUAUUG